CGCGAAGAGCGGAGUUGACACCUGUUCUCAAUAUUUACCUGGCUGUGUCACACACCAAACAGUGAUUUCGGUGGAUCAGCUCAGACGGAAGAAUUUUUCGGAGGGUGCAGUAGUUGACUUAAACAUUGUAUUUAUUCUUUCAAGUGACAACGAUGAACUUUUUUAAUGACCUGCAAAAUUCAAACUUGGUUGCCAGUUUUCAAAAAUGUUGUGGCUUGUUCCCAGAAAAUGUGGCAGGUAACGAGUACCUGUGCAACGACAAGGGAAGCGGGACAGAGUCAAAUGGAAGAGUACAAGAACAGAAUAAAAAUGACGUUAAGACGCUGAAAGAGAGUACCGACGGGGAUUUGCGUCACAGAUCUGAAUCCUCUCAGAAUGAAAACAGCCAUGGAAACUACAGGAAUGGAAUAAAUGGGAUUGUUGAUAAGAAAUCCUCUCCAAAGUACGUUGUGAAGAAUCGCUUCCUCUAUUGCCUGUUUCGAUUCGCUGCUGCUCUUGGCCAGGAGGUCUUCUACAUCACUUUCCUUCCCUGUACCUACUGGAACUUUGACCCCUAUGUUUGCAGAAGGCUGGUGGGCAUGUGGGCGAUUGUGAUGUAUAUUGGCCAGGUCUCAAAGGAUCUCCUAAAAUGGCCGCGCCCCUUUUCCCCUCCAGUUGUGAAGCUUGAGACCAGGGUAGAUGCUGAAUACGGAAUGCCAUCAACGCACGCCAUGGCAGCCACCAGCAUCUCCUUCACUUUCCUGCUCUGUACGAUGCACAGGUACAAGUAUCCAUUUGAGUUGGGCUUGGUGGCUGCAGUAGUCCUGUCUGCUCUGGUGUCCCUCAGCAGACUCUACACUGGAAUGCACACUGUGCUGGAUGUGAUCUGUGGUGUCCUUAUUACUGCUCUGGUGAUGGCACCUACCUACCCUUUCUGGGACGUCUUUGACCAGCUGCAGCUCACCAGUCCUUACACCCCUGUUUUUGCCGUGGUAGUGCCCUUUCUCAUGAGCUACUACUACCCAAGGUUGGACCAUUACAGCCCGACCAGGGGUGACACGACAACUAUCCUUGGAGUUUGGGCAGGAUGUACCUUUGGAUUUUGGAUCAACUUCCAGCUUGGGGAAACCUACGUGCCUACGGGAGCCAUGCCCUUUCACCUCCCACCUGUUACACUGGCAGCUCUUCUGCUUGCCUGUGCUCGCUUCCUGGUUGGGAUUGUCGUGUUGGUGGUUACCAGGCAUGUGGUAAAGAGCCUAAGCCUCCAGGCACUCGGUGUCUGGUUUGAGGUUUCAACCAAGAACACGGAGGUCAGGCACAGACUGGAAAUCGAAGUGCCGUACAAGUUUGUGACCUACUCUUCCAUAGGCAUCGUUGCUACAGUCCCAGUGCCAAUGAUCUACAGCUUUCUGGGAUUAUUGUAAUGGAGAUUAUCUUUGGUGUUCCUUCAAAACCUUCUCGGUCUUUGUGGUAAUUUUUUUUGUUUUUUUUUGUUUAAGGAGACAAAGUAUUUUUCAAAUGUUAUUAUUUAUAGGGCUCAAUUUAGUUUGCCAUCCCUUUUAUCAGAAAGGAAUAAAACUUGUGCAACUAAUGACAAUCUAGUGACAGUCACAGGAAUACCUGCAAUGCAUGAAAACAUUUUUAAAUUUGUUAAAAGCUCUUGUUGGUUAAUGACUUACAAGGUUACAUUUAGCAAUGAAAGCUAUUUAGUGUUACAACAUUCUCACUUUUUUUGGUGUAAAGGUAAUGGCAAAAAACUACAAACACUAGUGUUGGUGUAUAUAAUAAAUAAAGAGGCUUUAUUAUAUCUGAAGUUACUUUUAAAAUGAAAACCGCUUUUACUGACCUUGUGUCUUUGUUGGGUUUUCAUAAUGCUUAUCAUGAAAUGAUCUAAUAAAUAGGAAUCUGGGCAGACUGUGUUAGGACCUUAGCCAACAGUCAUUUAUCUUGCAUAGCAGCUGUCUAUAUGUACAUGCCUCUAUAUGAUUGGAUAAAACAUCCACAAUGGUUACAUCCUGUGUAACUAUAUAUGUUAAUGCUUUUAUGAUCCAAACUUCUUUUUAAAACAUGUAAGAUACAACCCAGGUAUACAACAGGAGGCUGUGUGGUCAUUGUCUAUUUAAACCAACCAAUCUGUCCAUUAGCGUUCUUUUUCCAUACAGUGAUAAGACUGGCACAGUAGCAGCAAAUGCGAUGACGCAAAU